GGGUUUUCCUGUGGAAAAAUACGCAAUGUGGGGUCGCGGUGUUCUCCUAGUGUCGUUUGCGCUCAUAGCGUUUGGAACGGCAAAAUGCCCGAAGAGGAAAACGUCGCCUUUCAGAGAAAUUCUCUGUUAUACUUCCACCUUGGACGCGCAGCUUCUGGCCGGCUCCGUGUGUAGCUGUACCACUUUGGUGCAUCAAAAUCAUGACGUGCGGAACGUCUCGAUUUCCGACAUUUCUGACUUGCGGAAGUCUUUGAAAGAGAUGCAUCCGUCCCUUCAGUUUGUAAUUUCUAUACACGACCCUGUGAUGACGCUUAGAAAUUCCGCCAUGGUACGACAGGAAGCUAUCGCUCGGAUUGUUGCUGUUAUGAAAGAGGUGGACGGCGUGGAGAUGAACGUGACGGCGGGUUCAAAGGAGCGCCUUUAUAACUUUAUCAAGAGCCUGAAAGACGAAAUGAUCCGAAAAUCUUAUGACAAGAGACUUUUCAUAGCUUUGCCUAAUAGAUCCGAGGAUUUAGCCAAACAUUUCGAUAUCAAGGAACUAAUUAAGUACAUCGAUCUGUUUACGUUGCCCACGGAUUAUAUGACGGACGAAGACGGAGUCUUUGUCACCUUUCACCCCUCGCGUUUGAUGGGACUUUUCGACAUGUUAAACACAGACAGCUUGGUAGACUUGAUAAGUGGAUUAGGAGCACCCAAGCAGAAGAUCUUGAUGACCUUGCCGGCCAGUGCGUACAAAUUCACUUUGAAGAACGAGGACGAGAACGCCCCAAGAUCAGAGACCACGGAGAAGGAACCUGUGCCGAUCGAUCGUAAACAGCUCUGUGAAGCCAUAAACACUGGGGAAUGGACCGUGGAACGAGAUGAAGAUCUCACAGCGCCGUACGCGUUUCAAAACAAAACGUGGAUCGCUUUUGAAGAUAAGAUUUCGGUCGGAAUAAAGGGAAAAUAUGCGUUGUUGCGAGACCUGGCAGGAUUAGCGGUGCGAAAUAUAGAGAACGAUAUGGAAACUGAGUGCGAAGAACCGCUUGUGCAAGAAAUUUACCGUUCCUUUACAGAAUUUAGGAGAAAAUCAAGACAAGCAGUGCUCAAUGCAUUGGAAGAUGAGCUGCAUCAAAUGCAAUUUUCGUAUCCAAAUCAUGCUAAAACGUCCAGCUUCCGUGUUGUUCGUAAAGUAGAUUCACAGGGGCAUAUCAGAGCUGUACGCGAAAGCACACAAACAGAGUUUGUUUGUAGACGACAAGGCUAUUUCGUCCACCCAAAGAGUUGCAAUAGAUUCUAUCGCUGCGUGAAAUUCAAUCAAGCGGUAGAAGACUAUUCAGUUUUCGAAUUCGAUUGUCCGGCCGGACUGUCGUUUGAUGAGCGCACGGAGGUUUGUGUUUGGCCAGGCUCAUUGCCCGAGGGCUCUCCAUGUCCCGGCAGCAGCGAGAUUGCGCCUGUCGCCCCGAGAAGAUUCGAAUGUACUCAAUCCGGCUAUUACGCAGAUCCGCAAAACUGCCGUUGGUUCUUCGCUUGCAUGGACUUAGGUGAAUCGGAAUUAAUGGCCUUCGAGUUUCGCUGUCCGUACGGCUUGGUAUUUGACGAGAAGAAAUUAGUGUGCGAGUGGCCUUGGUUGGUUCCAGCAUGCUCGCAAUCUGGAUCAGGCUAUACCAGAACGGAAUACAACUAUGGAGGUUACGGGGGAGCUUCUACUGGAGUUGGAGUUGGUGGCUAUGUUACUGGCAAUUUACCGGAAUACUCCGUCACGGAUAGAACAGAUUAUUCCAAUGUAGAUUAUUCUAGAAUAACCAGUAUUCACGAUAUCCACGGAACAAGUUAUUUUGGAUCUACCGCAGGAAAUAUUGGAACAUAUCCUGAUAUUUCAACUUCCGGUGUUGGAACUGUCUCGGGACAUGUAGGCUUAUCUAGUCCAGCCGAUUAUUCUAAAGGUACCGUUUAUGGAGGAGCGAUACCUUCUGUUCCGACAUACAGCGAUAUUCAGAUUGAUUCAAUUCGGUCUAAACCAAUCAUCGUGGGAGGAGGUGGUACGGGAUAUUCUACACCGAGAGGCAACAUUGGCGGUAUUGGUUAUACUAGCCAAGACGACACUGGAUAUUCCAUAUCUGGUGGAUUUGAUGCAGGAUUUGCAAAUACGAGACCAUUGGGAGGAGUUACUGCAGGCUUCUCCGGAUCUACAGCGAGAGAAUAUUCCGAAACAGCUAGUGGAAGCCAUUCGACAAAGCAAGGUGCAACUUAUUCAGAACGACCUAGCUCAGGCUAUCCUAAUUCGGUAGCGGGAAGCUAUAUAGGAGGCGUUACUAAUCCGAUAACGGAUGCAAGUUAUUCGAGAAGACCGGGAAGUUACUUUGGAUCUACAGAAUUACCUAAAUCAUCUAGUGAUGUUUACAUAGAUUCUACUAGUCCUAAAUAUGUUGGAUCAACAAAUGUAUAUUCAAGCUCCAGCACGCUGAAUGACUAUGGUUACUUGGGUUCUACAGAUGUAUAUUCAGGAGCAACUGGACGCCAGCCACCAUUUGGCGAAACUGGCCCGUCAUUUGUAACUGUAUCUUAUCCCAGUGCUAUUGGCAAAGUUGGAAUCACAGGUUCGACUAAUGGAGAAUAUACAGGAUCAACUGCAAAAGUAUAUGGAGAAUCGACUGGCACAGAAUAUUCCAAAACAGGCGGGUUCAGCGGUGGAUCUACUAAAAAUAAAAUUAACCUGUCAGUUACUUCUGGAACAGGAUCAAGUGCGUAUAGUACAACGAGUUCAGGUCGUUUUCCAGGAACGGAUUUUAUUGGCGGCCCUUCAAAAUCCGGAAUUUCUGCAGUCUCCGACCAUGUGAGCUCUACUCCGGGAACAACAGAUGUUUCUUCGACAGGCUACAGAUACAACAACGAAGAAGGAUACACGAUCCCUGUAGUCAUUCAACACGAACCUUCGUUUUAUCCUUCGACUGGAACAACAGGAGUUGGAACAACUAGAACGAGUGAAUUUGGUUUAGGUAGUUACGGAAAAACUGAUUUCACAAGACCUAAGUUAAACAUUAGUAUUGUCGGAAAUGAAAUUCCUACUGGUUACGAUAUUCAAAAAGACAUUACUGGUGCAAUUCAAACUGGAGGUAGCGUAGGCGGAAGUAUUACUACCAGUGACUCCUUUUCGGGGACCGUAUUUAGUCAUGGGAAUACUCCUGGGACGGUAUCAGUUCCCGUUAUUAACCAGGGUAAUGUUCUAGCCGGAGAAGUUCAACCUGGUUAUAUCACUACUUCUCCCGGAAUCUCGGGAUAUGGAAUCAGCGACGGAGUGAAAAAUAUAGACAUUGGAUCAGUUCGUCCAGGAACUUUAAUAUACGGAACACCGAGUCCUGCAAUUUCAGUAAGCGGUCCUUCGACAGCUGGUGUCCUCUUGAAAGGUGAUUCUACUCCAGGUACUAUCUCCGGACAAAUUGCCCCUGGAGUAGCUAUAGGUGGUUCCAUUCAAUCGAGUUUGCCUCAUAAAUCGUAUGGGUCAACUUAUCCUAGCAUUGACGGUGCCUUUACAAGAGGUUCCACUAUCUAUUCGAGUAGCACUUCAAGCGAAGGCCUAAUACCUACAGCUCCUCACGGUUACAGAACUGAUGAAGAACGUGGUACGCUUACAUUCAACGCCAGUUACGACACUAGCAAGUAUAGAGACAAUGACAUUCCUGACUACAGACCAACCAACGCCAUUCUUCCAGACUUUUCUGGAAUUAGAGUAGAAAGCCCUGGAGAUGGUAUUCAUGGUUCUACUUUUGAAGGUUUAACUACUCCAAGAUAUUCUUCAAGUAAAUCGCCCAUUUUUACACCAAGUGGAUUCACAAAAACCGGUCCAACUAGAACAGGUAUAACCACCGCUAUUCUCGGAGGUGGUGGUAGCUACUCAGUAAGCACGAGUGAUCGUCGACCUGCUUAUAAUCCCGAUAAUAUCGGCGAAAAGGCAUUCGAGGGGAAUGUCGCUGGGUAUACCAAAACAUCUCCUGACGGUUUGUCCGGCUACUCUUCGACAGCCUUACCAGGUAAUCGUUUUACUAUACAAUCAACUUCUUCUGGUUACUUGUAUCCCAAGCCAGCUGUUCAAUUUGGAACUAGCGGCGCUACGUUCUCCUCAACGCCGAUUGUGCCAAUCGACAAUAAUGUUCCGGCAUCGAAGCCGUUCUUUAGCCGCUUACCAACGUCAACAAUCAGGCCCGUAAUUUACACUACUGAACAUCCAGAGAUUUACAAAGCAAGUCUUUUCGAAUCGAGUAAGAUUCCGGUGUCGACCGUUAGACCUGUGAUCGACACUGGUUACAAGACGGUAAUUACUUCAACGGCUAUUCCAGUAUCUGUAUUAACUUAUGACCGAACGGGCAGUUCACAGACUGCAUCAGUAACUGCUUCUAAUAUCGGUUUAGGAGUACCUUUCCAACAAACUGAUUUGAGUGGCCAGACAGGCCAUAGCGUUUCAUCGGAAUACCUCCCGGCAAAGUCAACUGAAGCUAGUAUAAUUGCAUCUACCACAAAAUAUGACAAAUUUACAGUAACCGGACAACCACAACUCGGAGUAACAUAUAAGAAACCUUCAGUCUCCGUCACAUACGGAGGUCCUUCCUCAUUUCAAACACCUACCACAUACAGACCCUCCAAUGUUUAUUAUUCUGGUCAAGGAUUUUCAACUACUCCGUCUUCUCUGGGAACAAGCAGUGGGUCUCCGACAAAUCUGGAUAUUUCAAGAGAUAAAAUUAACAAUUUAAUUACAAACUAUGACAGAGGCACCAUCAAGCAUACGCCAACCACAUACGACACUACAAGAUUUGGUUCAACCUCAUCUUUCUCCGCGAAAACUGGCAGUGGCUUUGCUAUUACAACGCCAUCCGGCGUUCGCCCUUCAACAUUUUCAUACGAAGUUACCACAAAAUCGCCCGAAAACAAAGGCAAAGUCAUUGUCAAGUGGAGCGAUCUUCAUCCACUUCUUUUGGGUAAACUUGGAGCAGAGUGUACAUGCAAAGCCGAUCCCUUCGCCAAUCUUCGCGGUCCAGAAAAGAACCUAAUUGAUUCUUCCAAGGGCAAAGUGGACUUGGCAAAUUACGACUCUUCUGAGAUCUACGUUGAUCUUGGUUCUUCUCAAGAGGACUAUUCUACCAAUGCUGGGAAUCUUCCAGCGCAACCCUUUAAAAUUAGUGCACCCAUAACAACGAGCAAUCUGCCAUCAUCUUCCUAUUUACCUGUAGCAGAUACCAGAACAUCUGCAAGAAGUAACGAGUUUCGUACGGGUCGUCGAAUGGGCAAGAAAUUGGAAUAUGAAGAAGAAGAGGAAAAGGAAGAAGAAGAAGAAGAACAAGAAAAAGAUCAAUAUGAUCAAUAUAAUGACAAUGAUAAUGACGAUGAUCCUGAUCAGAUAAUUAAUGGUGUCACUGAUUGCGCCAGGCCAGGUCUUUUCAGACAUCCCAGCCUCUGUAAUAAAUUCUACGCUUGCCACUGGGACCAGUGGAAGAAGAAAUUCACGCUUCAUAUUUUUAAUUGUCCGAUUCAUUUAACGUUUGAUUCAAACGCAGGCGCAUGCAAUUGGCCAAGUAAAGGACCAGCUUGCCAAGACAACAACUUGUUAGUGUAAAUGCGUCAUUAAGCUUUUAUUAUUGUCGAUUUACUUUCUUUCUCUCGUCAUAAUGUAUCUUCUAAAAUUUUAUUGUACAUACUAAAUAGAUGAAGUAAAGAUCUAAUUAUACGUUCUAAAAUUACGUUUUAGAUUGUUUAGUUCGGUAGAUCACUUUGCCAUUGCACAAUGAAACGUUGCAAGAGCAAUGGUAUGUCAUUAAAUAACGAACGAUUGUUGCUUUUACGCGAAUUGGUCUUCCGGCCUUGGAUUCCUUUCGGGAUUUAUCUUGACACCCAGAUCCUUAAACGUUUGCAUUGAAUAGCAUUGAUAAAUAUCUCCUUGAAGUGAAUCUUCUAGUAGGAGAGAGGAAUCGUGGGAAGGUGGAGACUUGUUGAGACGUAAGAAAAAGGCUAAAUCCAAGGCGAUCGAGGCACUGCAGGAAAGCGUCGUCAAAGUGAAAGUAGUCCGUGCUCGUCGAUCCAAAUCACAAAAAACUACUGGAUAUCACAAUGUACAUAUGUAACUUUUACUUGUAUAGUCUAAAUUUAUGUAAAAGCAAUUGAACAUUUAAAGUCACUUGAAAAAAUCUAUCUACUUAUUUUUAGAUCUUAAUAAUAAUUAUAUUUUAACAUAUUAAAAAUAAUAAUAUCAACGACAUGUUUUUCUUUGAUAAAAUUAAUGCAAUUCAACAAUCAAACUUUAAAAACAUAAAUAAAUAAUGCUUGUUCUUUAUUUAAUUUAUAAAUGUUAUUUAUUUAUUUCAUGGAAUUUUUGUGUCUAAUUAGUUAUAUGUAACAAGUGUUUUUCCUUGCGUGAAUGGCCCAUUACUUUUCGCCAUUUUGUUUGGCGUAACGAUAUCGAUAAUACGUGUGGCACAAUUUGAUAUUUUUCCUGAUCGAGUUUGAGCUUUCCUUUCCGGGUGCCCACAACUUCCUGACAUUCUUAAGAUAAUUGUUUAAACGUUACUUAUUAUAUACUACACACACGCUUGUCUACCUGUCUAUCUUUUUCAUAUUCUCGCAAAAUAUAAUUUAUUUGUCGCUUAUUAAGAAAAUAGCGAUAAUGUCAACAUCUACUUUUUCUGUCGUUUUGAUGUUUUAAUUACCGUGCCAUUUAUUGAGCGGUUAAUUGAGUACUGUUAUGAUGAUUUUAAUAAAUUGCAUGACCAAGA